UGCGAAGCUGGUUUCAGACGCUCGAUUAGAUUGUCAGGCGCUUCCAGCGGAGCGGUUGACUAACUUGUUCAAGAACUUGUAAACUAACCUCAAGGGUCGUCUAUGAGAUUCUGUCCGCAGGUAUCUUCGCAAGGUACUUACCAAACUGCCAAGUACUUCGAGAGAAUAUUGUUUGUGUUCUGGAUUGUUUAUCCGCCGACCCUGUCACAGAACUGCCAAGUACUUCGAGAGAGAAAAAUUCUAGGACAUAAAAGCAAGCCGUGUUCCUACCGAGAUCCCACUCUCAUAUUGCCUAGCACAAGUCAUGCGUUUCUCAUCCCUCCUCGCUAUUGUUGUUGCUUUGACAACAUCUAUGUCUGUCAGUGCAUGCCUGGGUAAAAACAUCCUUUGCGGGGCCUCCAACCCGCACGGCGGGCCAUGCUGUCCA